GCCAAGUACGGGGACGCCUUUGAGGCCGUCAAGGGCCGCACCAGCGUGCUGCCCUUCCAGGCCAUCUGGGAGGGGAGGCAGAAGCUGCCGGGCGACUACUACCGGGAGUUCCUGCGCUGGCCCUACGUGGCGGUGACGCUCUUCACGCUGGGUGCUUACUACGCCCACCCCCUCAUGCAGCAGGCCUCCUAUGCGCUGAACUGGUAG